GCGAGAGACUGAGGGGAGACAGCGGCGCGCAGAGACUUGAGGGGAGCUCGCAGCGUCACGCACCGCCUCGCAGCUUCUCGUCUUUCGCCAAACAAUUGCUCAUCUGGAAAAAAUUUAAAGGACCUCAUUGUUGGCGAACAUUUUUUAAAAGUUUUUUUUGUUACUGCUAGUCACAUGGAAAAUAUUGUUCGCAAGUGCAAGAAAGAGCCAAAAUUAUUAUAAUGACAUAUUAUAUGGAAACAUAAUUGCUUUUGUUCUCAUGUAAUAGUAGUGUGAUGUUACACGCAGCACAGCGAUGUCAAAAAACAAGGAAACACGAACCUACAAUAUAAGUGUUGUUGGACUUUCAGGAACUGAGAAGGAGAAGGGAAGCUGUGGAGUAGGAAAGUCAUGCCUCAGCAACAGAUUUUUAAGGCCAAAAGCAGAUGACUAUCACACUGAACACACUUCGAUAUUGAGCCAAAUUGAUUUCAGUGGUCGGGUUGUAAAUAAUGAUCACUACCUUUACUGGGGCAGGACAACGCGGACGACUGACGAGGGACAAGAGUACAUUUUCAAUGUUGUCGAACAAACUGAAUUUAUUGACGAUGCCACUUUCCAGUCACACAGGAGCUCCAACCCCCAGCAUUACAUCAAACGUGCGGCAGCCACCAAGCUCACCUCAGCCGAAAAGCUCAUGUACAUUUGCACUGACCAACUUGGAAUUGAGCAAGAUUUUGACCAGCAUCCAAUGCCCGAUGGUAAGCUGCACAUUGAUGGCUUUUUGGUGUGCUUCGAUGUCAGCGUUUCCACACAGAGAAUACUGGAAGAUCAGUUGAGGUUUCUGGAGAAGCUAGUAUCGCAACUUGUGAAAUCAAAAAAACCCAUUUUGUUGGUUGCCACAAAGUGUGACAGGUUGGAUGAGCAGUACAUUAAGGAACUUCAAGCUUUUGCUUCUGGAAAAAAAGUUAACCUGCCAGUAGUUGAGACAUCAGCAAAUGACAAUGUCAAUGUGUCGGCAGCAUUUCUGACCCUUGCACAAAUGAUUGACAAGCUGAAAGGAAAGCCAAAGUUGGUGCAAUUUGUGGAGGCUGCCAAGCAAGUCAAGGAACACCACCAACGUGCCAUUAAGAAUUAUAAUUCUCGGUUGACAAAAAUUGUCAGAGACUACCACAUAACCUGGCAAGUGACCAGCAAGCAACUGGAUGACUACCCGGAGUAUGUCCAGCUUGUGGACUUGCUGGGUGCUAACAGAGCUGAAAGUUACUUUCGAGAACACAUUAAACGUUUAAAGGCUGCACAUAUUGAAGGAAAGAUAGCACAAUAUAUCAGCUCUCUGCCAAACGCUUUUGACUCAUUGAUCCCUGACAUCACGGACAUUGAAUUCCUUAGCUGGGAUGAGGCUUUGUUGCUCUUGCAGAAGAAACCAGAGUUUGGAUUGUGGUUUGUCGAGCUGUCGGAUGGGGUUUGGACCGAAAGCAGUCAUAUCAACGCUGUCACCGACAGGCGUAUCCCUGUUGAAUUUUUGCGAGAGUUUGGCCCUUCACAUUUCCAAGCCCAUGUGCAGAAAUUGCAGGUGUUGAGGAAGAAGGAGGAAAUGAAGGGAGUUUUUUGUAACAUGUUGGAGAAUUCAAGCGAGGUGUUGCCAGGAAGGCCAUGGGAAGAUGCACAGGCAUUUUUCAUAGACAAGGAGUGCUCGCAGAUGCUGUGCGAGCAAGAGCGCAUUUCAAUCUACCAAGAGUGUCAAGGCAAAAUAAUAGAUAAAAUAAAAGACGAAUACCAGGAGCUGCUUCUCGAGCACUCGGAAACGUUUGCUGACGUGGACAGAAAUGAAGCGUUUAACCAUGACAAGAUUGCAGAGAUUUAUCAGGACUUGGAACAUGACAGUCGCUACAAAGCACUCAAGUGGGUGUCUGCUGAGAGAGAUGCACUGAUCCUGAAACACAUAUUCUUUGUUCAUCACCCAACCAGGGAGUCUUGCUUUAGCAAAGACAAGUGCACUGACCUGCAAAUUCCACUGCUUCUCUCAAAUACUAUUCCCAAAUUGAUAAGCAAAAGUUCGGAAUCUUUAAUCAAUUUUAACAAUGCGGAUACAUUUAAUGUUAUAAUAUUCGGUAGAGAUGGCCUCGCAAGCAAACUUGGCAGCGAAAUCAAACAGCAAUCGACCGGAAAUGAGUUCACGGUGAAUGGGAAGGUUUAUGAGUUGGAACUGAAAGCAAUGGAUGGAGAUGUGACAGGCUUUGCAAACAUCAUGCAGAGUAACGUUUUUCAGCCCAGCGGAUGUCUGUGUGUUUUCAACUCGUUGGAAUCAUUAAAUUACAUCAUGGACAGCCUAGGGAGAGUGAAUUCUUGUGCAUCUUUCAUAAAGAAGGAUGGCCUCUCGAGCUGCAUUCCUGUUACUUUGAUGCUGGCAAAUCAGAAGGACGUUACAAACAGAAAGCUGCCUUUGCUACGACAGCAAGCCCAGCAAGCGGCCAACAAGCUACAAGUCUCUUUUAUUGAUUGCCCUUCCGAGAUGUCAUCUCCAAAACAAUUCCAUGAAACACAGAUCAAACAUGCCCUGAGUCAGAUCAUAAAUGCUUGCCAGAACACGACUCUUCUGCCCGACCCAUUCAGCAGCCCAGAGUCUGGUGUGCCCGAUGUGAACAUCACCAUGUGUCUAAUGUGUGGAGACCCUUUCAACAUUGACACGGUCCUAAUGCCCUUUCUGGAAUUCUGCAGCAGUGGGCAUUCUACUGACAAUGACUGCAUAAAUUUAGAAAUGUCUGUGGGAAUGCAGAAUAAAAAGAUGAAGGUUUCCGUCAUCUCUUACCACGCAGCAAUGCUGAAGAGGGAAGAGCUCAUCCAUGGCUACAUUUUGGUGUAUUCUGCCAAAAGAAAAGCUUCCUUUGCAAUGCUUCGUGCAUUCCUCUCCGAUGUAACAGAUGUCAUUCCAGUUCUGUUGGUGGCCAUCACUGACAGCUCUGCAGAGUUUUUUGAAAAUGCUCUGGCAAAAGAACUUUUCACUGAGGGCAACCAUAUUGCGAAUGAGAUCGGAGCUAAGUUCAUUACUGCAUCUGCACAGCCGCAUUUUCACCGACAGAAGGAAUAUCUGAAGACAUUUUUCACCGAAGUUUUGGAGAAGAAGACUGUGGUUGAAGAUGACUACAAGAGUGACCGUACUUUGGAAUCGAGCAAUGAAACGCUGCACCAGGCAUCAUUGCCGUCAUUGACGUCGCCAUCCGAGAGUGACGACGAUGAGUGCCAGCCUCCGUACAGCCCAACGAGCGAUGAAGCUCAGCUUAUUCCAAGCACCACACCCCGUGUAAAAUCCAUGGAUGUGGAGGGGAAUAUGAAUCCACUCACGUGCACCAACAUUACGAGCCAAGACAUUGAGAGGACACGCAAGUCACUCCCUCCUCCGAAACCUAAACCCAUUAUGGAGAGGCCGCAGGUAAAUAAAUUGGACCCCAAACUUCUCGAGAAGAUAAAUGACAGCAUCAGCAAGGGACCCGUGAAACUUCAGGGUCCUCUGAAAGCUCCUGUGACAUUACCGGAAGAUUCGGAGUCAACUGAGCUUCCGCCAUUGCAAGAUGGCAAGAUAUGGUCGAUGACAAAGCUGUUCAAUCGUGCCAAACUGGUGGGGCCAAAUGGAGACAGUGACGACGACAGCCCAUUUGAGCAGAGGCUGAGAGUACGACAGCAGGUGAAGAGAAACCACUCGUACCGAUUCAAGUCCAGGACUCUGCUGAGAAAGCAGGUGUACCCCACAGACGUAAUCCGGCGGCACGCCAUGCUCUCUGAUGCCAGCGACGAGGAGCAGGGCGGCAGUCUAGCCGGCGAGGUUAGAAGGGGCCGCAAGAAGAAGGGCAGUGACUCUGACCCACUUCUGUCGCCCUCGGAGUGCGACCAUCUGGGCUUUGACAACCCCGCUGCGGAGUUCGAUGCUGAAACAUCCGGCAAUAGUGGAACAAAAAAAAAGAAAGGUGCAAAGAACAAAAGGAAAGACAAGGCCAAAACUCCAAAGCCACCCAAGGCAAAGACGAAGAGUGUCCCAAAGGUUAGCUACUUUGGGCUACCACUAAAGGAUCUUCCCCUGUCCCCAACCAAAGCAGUGCCCGUCUUCAUCGACAAGUGUGUGGACUUCAUAGAAAUGAAUGGUUUAGACACAGAGGGCCUCUAUCGCGUUAGCGGCAACAAAGCCGACCAGGAGAACAUCCAACUGCUGUUUGAUAAAGAUCACACCGUAGACUUCCGGAGUUUGGGAAUCUCGGUGCACUCUGUUACCGGGGCCUUGAAGUCCUUCUUCACUGCCCUGCCGGAGCCGCUCAUUCCAUAUGAACAGCAAAAGAGUCUGGCGGACGCCGUGGGUAUUGAAAACGAAAAGGAUAUGAUCACAGCUUUGCAGGACGUCGUAAAGAAACUUCCUCAAAUCCACUACGAUGUCUUCAAGUUCAUCAUCACCCACUUACACCGUGUGUACCAGCACAACCAGAACAACAAGAUGACGAGCGAGAACCUCUCCAUCUGUUUCUGGCCCACGCUCAUGAAGCCCAACUUUACGGACAUGGCGUCCAUCACAGCCACCCUGGUGAGCCGCACGCCCAUCCAGCCCUUCAUCCUCCACUGUCCCACCAUCUUCAGGAGCCGCUUGGAGCCAAACUCCUUCCUCCAGCCUGCCGAGGGGAAGCUCAUCGAUAUUGAGGCAGAGCCCGGCAAUCUGUGACCUUUUGGAUUUUCACUGAAGUCUGUGUAUGGUUCGCGGAGCAUCAGACUUCAAAAGUGCUCUUCCGCCGUGGGAAUUGCGGUACUACUAAAAUGACGCAGUGUUUCAUCUUCAGAAAAGAAAAAAUUACAGCUGCCGUUGUAUUUUUUUUUCUUAAAUGCCAACUGAAGUGGUUUCCGUCACUUUGUGCACUUUUUUGCGAGAUGCUGUUCAUGAGAAGUCAUCCUUGAAAAGGGAUCGGUGCCCUUCAAAGAAAGAAAAACUUUUAAAACAGAAGCACCUUCCAGGAGAGGAAAAUAAACGUUGAUGUAAUCAUUCAAUUCACACGAUUCCAUACCAUUCUUGGUGUGGCUUCAAGUCUGCCCUCCACCAUUAAGAGGUCAACUGCAUUUCUGGAAAAUUCGUAUUUUCUGCUCUUGAGACCAUGUUUUUGCGUACGUCCACAUACCGCGAACAGUGGUGUUGAUUCGUCAUCCAUCAGCCAUAUGGUAACAUCGAUUGAUAGACAUGGACGAUGUUUACAAUAGUGUUGGACGACUCGGCAGAUCGUCGUCCUUUUAAUUGGAAGGCUUCAACUAUGGUCCACACGGUUGUGUGGUCAGGGUAUUGUGUGCUUUUAUUUCUUCAGUUUUUUCUGGCAUUUCAUCUUCCAGUAGAGGGCAACAAACCAGCUUCCACUGAGCUCGGUGUGAGUGUAAAUACAGUGUUGAUAAAUGAUUGAAGGAUAGUCGUGCUUUCUUUGCACUUGCAGCAUGUCCUGUCAGCAUGGCUGCUGCAACUGCUGUAGAACAUUUCAGUGUUUGUUUUUAGCAAAAUGUAAAAAAAAAAGUAUUGCCAUAUUUUAUUUAUGAGCCGUGUGGUUUUUAUCACUUUUUCUCUGGAAACAUCUGCACCAGACUGAAAAUGAGUGUGGUCAUUCACUGCCUGGUCCAUUCAUCUUGCAAAACUAAUCAGUGUACAUUUUAUAUAUAUAUAUAUACCUUUCAUCAUGAUAUAAAUGCUUAAGUUUCAAUUAAUAAAACCGGUGAGGAACAGAAAGCCUCGGUGUUACAGGAGAGGUUUUAUAACGAUGUUCUAUGCCUGGCCUUUUGAAAUUGUGUGAAGUGGGGCCUGCUACGUUUGAUUUAGGGUUAGGCUUAAACUGCUGCAUUUUAAACCUACUUGGUUGGUGGUGUCUUCAUUUACUAAAUGCAGUGAGCAGCAACCAGUCAAGACUUUGUUUACUAUGAUAACACGAGCCUGUUCCACUAUCGUCGCUCUUGUUAUUAGAUCGAGGUUGCAAGCGUAAUCACGGGCGGACGUUGAGUAACUUAUUUUGACGUUUUAUUAAUGAAGUUAUUAUUUAUCAGCGACAUGUUUUCAAAAAACUAUAUUAAUUUUGAGAAGAUUAGUGCAUUGUUUGUUUAUACUGGUGUGACAGCUUAACACAUUGAAUGGUGUAACCAGAAUUCCUCUUGCCGCUUGUGUUACUGCGCCACCUUGUGGUAAUUCUUUAUCGCUAGCUCGGCAGAACGUUCGAUCGUUGACUAACUGCCGUACGAAUAGUGGAGGUCGCCCAGUCUCCUGCAUCAUAUCGUUCCACUCCCACGUGUCCACUCCCAUGUGCUGCAAUGACACUUUGUUGUUUUACAGACGUGUAAGUAUUUGAUGCUUCAUAAAUGUGUUAAAAGAAUCUGAGUUAUGUUUAUUUUUUUUGUUCAGUUUGCACUGACAGCAUUCACAAAGUUGAGACGUGUGUUGCCUUGUAGAUUUGUUUGCCUUCAGUAGCACGCAUUGCUGUUUCUCUCACAAGAAGAGAGGAGACUUUGGCUUUAGCAUCAUUGUGUGUUGAGAUGAUCAAUAUCGAUGCAGCAUUUGUGCAGUCUGGUACAUGGAAGGCAACAUUUGUCAAGAAUUGUGUGUUGGAUCAAACCACACAUCCUUGCUUUAGUAUUAACAUGUUUGAUCGCGUGUUGUUCUUUUAAUGGUGUUCAUGUAAAUCUCUCUUUUUUGACAUAUGCCUCAAACGGCUUUUGUAAAUAGGCAGGUAAGUUUGAAACCGCACAGCUUAUGCGAAUUAAAUUGGUGCACAGGUUUAGACCAUUCUGUACAUUUUAAGGGACUUUCCUGACCCUGAUCCGUCUUUCCCAAACAGCAGUCUUGACGACGCACCACACUAUGCCCCUUUCACAUUCACCAACAAUCUCAAUUUCAAACACAGAUUAAGUCGUUAUGUCAUUCACACGUCUGGUGAUUGCUAAGCAUGUCCCAUGAUACUUCAAGUGUUGAUUCAACUUCAAGUAAAGAUCUGUGUAUAUUCUCACGUGUUUUUCAAUCAUCAGGCGCGUGCAGUGUGCAACAACGAUUUGUAUUUGAAUGGAGGUAAUUUGCUAUACGGACAAAGUCACGCAGUGGUGGGUCGCGACGACUGGCCUUUGGGAAACCCUAUCUUGCAUAAUGUUGAUCUGCAUUCGGUAACAUAAUACACAUGAAAUACAGUACAAUUUGGCAGUGAUUGUCAUAGGUUUGUAACGGAUUGCGUAACAUACCCUAUUAGAUGCAAAUCAUGAAGCCACAACUCGUACAGAAAGGCGAGUAUGAGGAUUUUGAGCCAGCGUGCGCAUUUGGAGCUUGAUCAUAACCCUAGCCGCACUUGUUUUCCAUGUGCUGGGGCAGCACUUGUGAUGUCAACAACAUCAAAGUAAACACACCUCUACUGCCCUUCACACUUCCCGGGAGGCGAGCUGCCCACGUGCAGCUUAAGGCACUUAGGAGUGCGACAGUCCCCCCCCCCCCUGAUCACGAUCACGGCUCAGUGAAUUGUUGCGAUUUCACUUAAAUUAAAAAAAUAUUUUGGUGAAUGUAGUGGCCUCUGGUGGCUGGAGGAGGCACGUAAACGCAGUUCAUAUUACACGUAUGAAUCGGAAAUAAUGGAUUGUUUGCGUGAUUCCAUGCGAGUGUCGUGAACCAGAAGAUUUGAUAUUAAAUGACGAAUCGAUGCAUUAUUUACACCCCUACAACACAAAGUACAGAAUUGAUGGUCUAUAUGCUGGAAAUGUAAUUAAGAUUACAGUAUUUGUUGAACCCAAGUAAAUGUGUAUUUUGUAACAGUGUAAUCCACAAGAAAUAUAAUUGAAUCUUUAAUUGAAAGUUAGUAAUUUAUUAGUGUGGUAAAAGUAAAAAUACAGGACAGGAAUAAUUUCUGAGAAGCGAGUUUGUUGCAAGAAUAAAAUGUUCACCCCUGAUGUACUGCAAAAUUUGCUUGGGACGUUGUGGUUAAAACGCCUGUGAAACGUGGGUAAAGUGGAUUUUUCCAGAGCGCAGAUUAAAAUUUGCCUGGCUGUUUUUGUUUUAAAUCGCCCAGCUUACAAACGGAGUGAAACAAUUCUCAGAUUCGGCAAAACAUGGCGUGACGUGAGCAACCAUCACUGGCAUUUUGCUGGUUUGUACGAACUUCACAGCACCUUGGCUGAACAAAGCAUUGAAAUUAUCUUGAAAGUAAUCCUGUAGUAAUCAACCCUGUCUGUUUAUUAGGAUGUUUAAUAUUGUGGGAUAGGUGUAUAACUGCUAUCCAUUACAUUGACGCGUUAUGAUGCAAAAUUUUAUUUACAAAAAAUCAUUAAAUGCAACGCAUUCAAUUUCUAAUGCUCCUCGCCGCUUUGCACUCUGGGUACCCAGCCCUGCAGCCAGGCCUGUACACACCUUCAAAGUGAGCGCUGGACGACCCCCGGUGAGAAUAUUGACCAUUGUACUUAAAUUUGGGCAAUAAAAUUGUGAUAUAAUGAUUAAACCACACCUAUGGACUAUAGCUUAAAUUUAUAUACCAUUUCACAAGGCUCCUAAUCAUGGGGUCUACAAUUAUAUAUAUAUUUGUUUUGCGAGAGUAAGACUUUUUAAAAUGGAUAGACUUAAUAAAAAAAGAUACCUUUUAAAGCACUGUAAAUGUCCUUGUCAAGACGGGGGAAACCAAUUACAAGUCCUGAUUUAUUUUCUUAUCUCCAGACGCUACAUCCCAAGACCCUGUACACAAUUUGAGUAGAAUGAGAAAUAUAUUUACAUUAGAAUUCGUGAAGUAAUUUUGCAUACGUAUAAUUGGAAACCCAGCGAAUAAAAAAAAUGCACAUCCCACAGCGUCAAUAUCUUAUUACCAAGGCCCUUUCCGCUGGAAAUUUGGAUGGAAAUUUACAGACAUCGCUUACACGACAUAAUGAACAAAUAAAACUGAUGAAUAUGAUUUGGGCACGUCGAUACUGGACACCCUUGCAAAUGAGAUAUUCCAUCUCAAGGGAUUGCCAUGGUGACAUGGUUUUUUUAAUUAAGUGAUUUUGCAGUUUGGCAUGUGCGUGUAAAGAUCAGGCUUUCCCGAUGAGUCACGCGAAGCUUCAUGUUGUUACGCUGUGUCAUGUCGUUUAGUGUGAACCCACCUUGCAGACAAAGUCAAUUCGUUUGUAGCCUUUACAUGCUUUGUUAUUCCCAUCGACAAAGUUGAACACGCGUGUGCUGACAGCCCAGGAUGAAAAGCCUAGGUAACAUAUACUUGGAGGUGGUGUAUGCUUGCACUUAGUUGGUAAGAGUUGGUUGAUCAUUUAGAGAUUUGUUAAAUUCCCAAGCCUGCUAACCUGCAAAGGCAGCAAGAGAUGGUAGCACAGCAAUGUUUUGGGGGAAUCCAAAUUUAUGGAGUUUUGAGUGUUAUCUUCUCGUAUGCAUGUGUGUUCUUCAUGUACACAAAAAAAACUCCUAAAAUAUGAAUUCUCCAAACAUGAGUGCUGGACCAUCCUGAAAAAUAAAAAAUAAAUACGAUUAUCUUAUUUUUCACAAUAGAACGAGCUAUUUGGUUGUUGUGGUUGCAUAUUAUUUGGGCAUCUGUUACCAAGGCCCAUUUACAUAAAAGAUGCAUAAGCCGAUAUCAUUGUAUGUUGAAUUGUUUUCGCACCGUACUUAACCAACCGUGCUAAUUACAGCGACUGAUAUGUUGGCCAAUAGUAACCACAAAACUAUAGAACAUACAGAAGAAUUGCCACAAUUUGCGCUCGCACAUAUACACGGUGCUAUGCCAGAGGUAAGUUUUUUUUUAUAUUUAAGAAAGAAAUGCAGGUUGUUGGGUGCUGAGCGCUGAAGCGUGCCGGGUUUUGAUGGAUGUGCUAUUCUCGCAGGGCCGUGCCAACAUCGCAUUUGGAGACCGGUUGUGAAAUGUCGUGGUGAGUUUCCGUAGGUUUGUGAAGGUGAAGCGAUGAGGGAAGAGGGCACACCCACACCACCACUUCUCACCUUGGUGCCAAAUUUGCUCUCCGUGCCAAAUCGACGGCGCUGCGUGUGUCCACCAGGUGGCGCACGCGAGACGUGAAGAGAUCUCGGUGGAUGGGCCGAAUUAACGCAUGGGGGGGGUGGGGCUUUAGGGGUUGCAGCAGCCACGGGGCCUGGGAUUUUUUUAGGUUGGCCCCCCAAAUGUAUACUGUUUGAUAAUGGUUGAGAUGCAAUACUAUUAUACAUGCUAUAGCGAUUUCAUAAUUCAAUACAUAACAUUGCGCGUGUGUAUUACUAGUGACGUGCCACAAUUUAAAUAGUUUUCGUUUUAACAAUUCGUAUAUGCAGUAGUUUAAAACUCAAACUAAAAUAACUAAUUAUAGUUAAGUGUUGGGCGAGGGUGCUGCUAAAACAGUAAGAGAGAAGGAAUUGCAUUUACAAUGAGGGACCCCUCCAAAACUACAACAGCCCCGGGCCCUCCUCAAAGUUAAUCCGACUCUACUUGGAAAUUCAUUGGUUUUGUGAUAUCACCUAUACCCUCUAUGAUAUCACAUAUCAAUAAAGCCCUGCGUGUUUUGUGCUUGAUGAAAGGAACGAGUUUUAUAGCAAAACUGUCCCCGUGCUUAAACAAGACUUGUGGUUGGCACUCAUUCCCUUUGGUGGGCUGGAGAAAGUGGUGUAAAUUCUACAUUUUUAUGAAGGGGGAAAGUUUGCUCAUGGAGACAUGUAGUUAAGAGGUGCAGCUACACUCAGACACUAUAUGAAUCCAAAAUUGCGUUGUAUUGUGAUGGAAGUUAUGAGUAAAGAAUUUCAACAACGGGGGUUACCUCUUAAAUGUGGGAUAAUUUCCUGCAAAAAGAGGAAGCGUGCCUGUUCAGGACAUUCGCACCGACAAAGACUAAUCGUACAACAGUUAAUUUGUUGACUAAUUGGCAAGUUCGCGGAGCUCCCUGUGUGUUCCAGGGUAGCAGUGUUCCUGCUGCAGAAGCGUUCUGUGAUCACGUUAUAUAGCUUGGCGGUGAAUUGUUAUUCAGUGGUUCUGAACAGAAGGUACAAAACACAACCGAUGGGCAUACUGCAUCAAAAUGCGUUGAGCCACCUUAAAAAUCUACUUGAAAUAUCCGUUCGUAAAGGUCUAUGCUGUUUACGCUUAUUUUAACACGUAACAUGUCUGAAUGUCCGUUUACGGUUGAAUCUCCACGUUGAGUUUACAAUAGCUAGCGCGUGUAAAAGCCAAUGUGCGUGUGCUUUGUGACACGAUUUCGUAUUAAUCAUCCGGAUCGCUAUAUAUAUAGCUCUUCGAUCACGCAAUUAUAUUUAUAUUUUAUCAAUUAAUGAGGCCAGCUCUGUAGAGAUGUAGAAUAUGUACCAGUGGAUUUGUGAAUUGCAGUAUUUUUAGUAUGGAUUUGCUGAGUAAUAAAUAGGCCCUUGUAUAUGUUAUGGACAGUAUUAGCGUUUGACAGGGUCAGGUAUACAUUGUAAUGGAAGUACGUUGAAAGGUUUGGAGAAAAAAAGGUAGCUAACGAUUUCCGGCAAUAAAUGAGCAUGCCCUAUAAUGGCCUGAUGUAUACACUUGCGUACAGCUGUAGUUAAAACCCUGCUUGCUGUACAAUAAAUUUU